UAAAAAUCGUGGCGAAAUCUCUCUUCCAAGUGCGCUUUUUAUUUUUUUUUUAUAAUUUGGUUAAGCAUUGAAAUGAAGUGUUUUUUUACUGAUGUUUCUUGAGAAGUUAGGAAUGUUGUGUUAAAAACAAAAUAAUCAUCCACACCCUCUCUAAAAGAUGUUCCACAAUUAUAUAUCGAAUCAUCCAACGAUCUUACCACAAAACUACUCGUAAAAAGAAAACGGAUUACUUUUUUUUGUUGUUGUUGUUGGAAAAUUUAAUGGACGGCGCGAGGGGGUUGAAGAAUCGGCUUGGAUGGAGAGCGGUUGAGAUGAAAUUGGAGGUGAAGAAUUCAAACUAUUCAUCUAAUAAGGGCUUUUGAGACGUUUUCAAAAUUUGGAGGAGAAAUCCAGUGGCUUGCCAACGGAGAGUAGUGAUACGGAAUAAUCAUGGUGAGAAGCUUGUAGGGAUCCUGCAUGAGACCGGGUCAGAUGAGCUUGUUAUUGUCUGCCAUGGAUUUCGGUCCUCGAAGGUUUUAUAUAUUAGAUUGUUUUUAUAUGGUUUUGAGUGUGUUCUUUCUUGUGGUAUUCGAUUACUAAUUAUCUAUUCGCCUUUUUGGAUUCUCAUGUUCCGUAUGUUUUCCAUUUCCUUUUAGAAAAUCACAUUAGAAUGGCUUUUAAAUCUGUACUCAAACUAAAUUGCACAAUUAAUUUCAUCAGUAAAAGAAACCAUCUUACUUUUACUAUCCAAGAUACCUUUGGAUUGUGUGCUUAAAUUGUGAUUUUGAGAUGGCAUUUCUGAGUAUGUUCUUGUUGUCGGUGGAGUUGUUAUCAUCAGCUUUCAUUUGUAGGAACGCAUUCCUAUGGUGAACCUCGCCACUGCUUUUGAGAAAGAAAGGAUCAGCGCUUUCCGCUUUGACUUUGCUGGAAACGGAGAGAGUGAAGGUUCAUUUCAGUAUGGAAACUACCGCAGAGAAACUGGCGAUUUACGUUCUGUUGUUCAGUAUUUCCAUGGAAAGGAACACACAGUGAUCGCAAUAAUUGGACACAGUAAAGGGGGGAAUGUAGUUCUCUUAUAUGCUUCAAAGUAUAGAGAUAUCCAUACGGUUGUUAAUAUAUCUGGCCGAUUUAACCUUGAUAGAGGAAUUGAAGGUCGCUUAGGUAGAGACUUUUUGCAAAGAAUUAAGCAAAAAGGAUAUAUUGAUGUCAAGAAUAGAAGAGGGAAGUUCGAGUAUCGCGUCACUGAAGAAAGUUUAAUGGACCGACUAACUACCGAGGUUCGUGCAGGAUGCUUAACAAUACAGGGUGACUGUAGGGUUUUGACUGUUCAUGGAUCAAUGGAUAGAAUUGUACCAGCUGUAGAUGCUUUUGAGUUUUCAAAAUCAAUUGCAAAUCAUGAGCUAUGCAUCAUGGAAGGGGCAGAUCAUGAUUAUACUUCUCACCAAGAUGAAUUGGGUUUAGUUGUUGUGAACUUCGUUAAAACUAAUCUUCAUCUGCACAAAGAUAAAUCCAAGCUGCAGCAAUGUAGAAAGCUUAGAGGUAGUCGUUCACGGUUGUAAUAAAAUUCCUUCAAGAUCAUCAAGACUACUAAGCACCUUCUUUUCUUGUAAAUAUCAUAGUUAGAUUCUGAUGUUGUAGACAAAUGUUUCCCAAUUUCUAAUAAUAUUAUAUUUCUUAAAUCACAAA